GAGAUCGCUUGGUGAAAAUGAAACUGAGACACUUUGUGGAUGUUCGCGAUGUCGCUGAUGCUCUUCUCCUAGUGUACGAGAGUCCGGAGGCAUCUGGGAGGUAUAUCUGCAAUUCGCACGCAAGGCUGGUAUCUGAUGUCAUAAAGCUACUCAAGAGCUG